AUAAGUGUGUCAUAGUCUCUAAUCCGUAGUAGAGGGCAGCUUUCAAUGUGUUAUUCCUUCCCAUUCCUCAGUACUCUUGCAUAUAUUCGGCGAGCCUAGCCGCUGGCGCAAAAGCACCUACAAUUUACUCAAAGCAUACCUCAAAGCGAAGCCAUUGCGCCCUUGAGGUGUCCUGAUCCGCACUCCGGCUCGCGUGCCUGGGCGGGGUGCAAGCAAAGCGCACUGCUGCCCGCGUAGCAUAAUUCGCCGGCCAGUGUCGCUAUGAACCUUCAAGCGUUUAAACGUAGCUGCACGCCUUCCACUUCGUCGGGGUAUUCGCCGGCGCCUAGCAAAGCAUGUGUGGCCGCGCAUUAUGCAAGCUGCCGUCGCCGGGUCGCUUGCCAAGUCAGUGUAACAGAUAAGGCAUCUUCUCCAUCUUCGUCGGCAUCCGCUGUGAUUACCAGGCCAGUGGAGACGGAGAUACUUGUCCCCACGACGCUUAACCAAACGAUUAGAGAAGGCCACUACGAGUCUGCUCUGGUGAACCUCCAGGCAAACAAAGCCGAUGAAGGACAGGCGAGCAUUGCAUCAGUCCUGGCACCGGCCGACCCCUCGGCACCCUGUGACCUCACUAUCGUGGGCGCGGGGCCCGCGGGGCUCUUCCUCGCAGCAGAAGUCGCAAAGCGCGGCCUUUCUGUGAACGUCCUGGGACUGGACGGCCCCAUCGUGAACAACUACGGCGUGUGGGUGGACGAGUGGCGGCAGCUGGGGCUGGAGGACACGCUGGAGGCGGCCUGGCCGGACGCGGUGUGCUACUUCGGGGAGGGAAAGGAGGUUCGAGUGGGUCGCGGCUACGGUCGGGUGAGCCGCCGCAAGCUGCGGGCUCACCUGCUGCAGCUGUGCGCCGCCGCGGGGGUGCGCUUCAGCUGCUGCGAGGUGACCGACAUUCAGCUGGUGGAGGGGGCGGAGGCGGGGCCGGAGGCGGCCGCUGGCGCCGGCCGCAUGCGGCUCACCACUCGUGAGGGCACCGUGUACGGCAGCAGGCUGGUCACGGUGGCUGCCGGCGCCGCCGCCGGCAAGUUCCUGCGCUACGAGGAGGCGGGGCCGGUGGUGGCGGCGCAGACGGCGUACGGCAUCGAGGCGGAGGUAGAGGGCUACGAGGGCGCCUACCCCACGGACGCCAUGCUCUUCAUGGACUUCCGGCGCCACCAUACGGGGCUGUACGACGCCACGGCGCCCCGGCUGCAGGCCGGCCAGCACCCCAACGCGGGCGAGGGGCUGUGGGGCAGCGCCUCCGAGAGCCCCUCCUUCCUGUACGCCAUGCCGCUGGGGGGCGGGCGGGUGUUCCUGGAGGAGACCUGCCUGGUGGCCAAACCCGCACUGCCCUUCGCGGUGCUCAAGCGCCGACUCACGCGGCGGCUGAAGGCCAUGGGGAUCUCAGUCAAGAAGAUCCACGAGGAGGAGUGGAGUUACAUCCCGGUGGGGGGCCCGCUCCCCGCCGCCGACCAGCCCCUCACCGCCUUCGGAGCCGCCGCCUGCCUGGUGCACCCCGCCACGGGCUUCAGCGUCAGCCGCUCCUUCAGGGAGGCUCCCCGCGUGGCGGAGGAAAUCGUGGCAGCGCUGGCGGUGGAUGCAGCAUGCGGCGGGCGACUGGGCGCGCAGGGUGUGAGCAAGCGCGUGUGGGAUGCGUUGUGGCCGCAGGAGAAGCGCACGCAAGCGGCUUUCCAGGUGUUCGGUAUGGAGCUGCUGGCGACGUUGGACUUGGCGGCCACGAACGACUUUUUCUCGACGUUUUUCGGGCUUCCCUCGUUUUUCUGGCGCGGCUUCCUGGCCUCGAACCUGGGACCUGGUCAGCUGAUUGCGUUCGCGCUGGUGGUGUUCACGUUGGCGCCGCCGUCCAUCAAGUACAAGCUGGUGGAGCACCUGAUCACGGACCCCACGGGCGGCUACCUCAUCCGCGCCUACCAGGCGCAGUGGGCCGCCUCCCAGUCCGCCCCCUCCACCGCCGCGGCGCUGUCCGCCACCCUGAUCUCCUCGCACCUGCUGACCCAGAUCGCCAUCCAGGCACUCAGCGCUUGAUGAACCGCUCGACAAGAUGACAAAGAGGACAACCCCGCUAGGUCGGCGGCGGCGGCGGACACUGGGUGGGAAAUCUGGGUGGAAAGCCUUUUGAGGAGUCUGCAUUUGACCUGUAGCUUGUGGCAGCUUGCGCUUGCGUGGUAGCAGCAGUGAUAGUAACGGCACCAGCAACAUAGCGAGAUCGAGUAAUGGAUUCAAAGCGACCUGUGGGCCGGUAGAAAUGCAUAAGCAUGCGGCGGAGGGAAUCCGGAUGCAGUUGGCGAAGGACUUUCGACCCAUGGGUCUAUCGUUGUGGCGAGGGCGAAUCGGCCAACGCGAGGUAGCUAGGUGACAGCUCGGCAGGUCGGCUCAGCCAGGUCUACUACACGCAUGCGGGAGAGGGGCUGGAGGUUUUGUCCCAGCGUUUUGUCAAGUCCUCCAGCGCUCCCAUAGCUCAUGCUGUGUUGCUGUAAGCCACGAACUGCUGGAAGCAUAAGGGUUGGCGGAAUGCAGGGCUGCAUGUUACCAUAGACGGGGUGAUUGCAGGGAUGGUACUGUGAACGAUGAGAGAAGGAGUGAUGGUCAGUAGGCGGGAAGGCUGAUUGGCCAUGGGCCAAGAUCUAAAGGUACAUGAGGCUUAGGGUGGUAUGUGACUGCGCAUGGGAGAGUAAGUGCAAGGGACAUGCUUUCCAACAUGAUCCCGCGUCCGAGUGGCGAUGUGGAGUGUUGGCUGCCCUCAACCUGUGCUUGCAACAGCAAGUGAACAAAGGGGCACUUCAGCCGACUGGCGGCUCGCGCUUGUCAGUCUUCUCAUGACGAAGGCGUGUGCUGGCCACUGGACGUACCACGUGUACAAUGAGAGACUUGACUAACAGAAGGCGCGGGAGCACGCACAUGAGCCACGUGGUGCAGUGAGCAAAGGGCGGACAAGUACUGUUUGUGAAGGGGCUUUUGUCGCCGACGUAGGCAGGAAUAGGGAGCAAUGUGGAAGGCCCAUGGGGUAUUGACGGGAGGUGCUGGCUGAUGUGGAGCGAGGA